UGGUAGUUUUAAUAUCUCUGAAAGCAAAUAAUUAGAUGUUGUUUAUGUAUUGCUAUAGUCUAAGGCAUGUUGUGUGCGUGGUGAUUGAUAGUCCAAUUCGUUUACGAUGCAAAGAGAAGAAAAACAGUUGGACGCGGCUUUAGAAGCCUUGAUAUUACGUGUGAAUGAUUUGAAAACCUCUAUCGGUUCAAUGCUUUUCAAAUUAGAACAUGAAUACGAAACCAUUAACUGGCCAACUUUCUUGGAUAACUUUGCUCUGAUGUCAGGUCAUCUGACAUCAAUAUCCAAAAUGCUCAGUCAUGACAAAUCACCGGCGCUGCGUAGCCUGACAGUUCUUCCUCUGCUUUUGAGCCCCGAAAGAGACGAAGAGCUUGUUCGUCUUACCGAAAAUCGUAUUAACACGUUUUCCUAUGAUGUUGUGCCAGAUUAUUUGCGAACGAAACCAGAACCCGAAGUUGAACAUAAAAUGAUGCAGAUGGAACACAAAGCAGCAAACUUAAGUUUCGAAACAGCACAGAAACAAGUUAGUCAAUACACAAAAGUAGUGACACAAGUUUGGGAACUUGUUAGUAAGGCACGCGAGGAAUGGGAAAGUGAAUCAGGAUCGCGAUCUGGUGCAAACCAGACGUCAUCUAUGGCAGAUACACACACCCUUGUUGCAGCAGUGGGUAUGGGAAAAGGUCUAGUCCCAAUUGUUCAACAACAAGUAGCUGCAGGACCUCCAGGAAUGAUGGUAGCACCAGUGGGUCGACCAGGUGCAGGAGCACAGCAGCCAGGAGGGCCUCUGAAUCCCAACCAGCCAGUACCUAUGGGACCAAUGGGCAAGGCACCUUCAUCAAUCAAAACAAAUAUUAAAGCAGCGACUCAAAUUCAUCCAUAUGGACGAUAAAGUGCCUUUACAUAUAGGCCUACCAAUAAUGGUAGAAUGUUCCACACACACAUAUUUGAAGUAAAAGACUGAUUGUUGUGUUAUUUAUUGAUACUGCUUUAUAUCAUUGUUUUGAUUCAAAACAUCCUUAAAAGUGUUUUAAGUUAUAAAUGUGGUUGAAAUGAAUGUGUAAAAGGUUGGUUUGCAAGCUUUGUAGAAAAUCUGCACUGUAUAAUGAAUAUGGCUUGCCACCUAUUUUCUCUUGUGUGUUUUGCAGCAGCACAGUGUACAUCAUAGAAAUCCAGUCUCUCUGACUGUUGUAGUGUAAGUCAAGUUCAAAGUUGAGUGCCUUUUAGAUCUUUCCAUAAUCCAUUCUUAGAUUUCUUGAAUGUUGUUGUUCUCCACCUCCACCCUCCCCCCCCCCCCAACCUCUAUUAAUGAAAUUUGUUUUUAACCCCGUGUUAAAGCUGAUAUGCAAGUGUAUUCAUAUUUAAAAUGAAAUGGCAGCUUAAAAUUAUUGAGAAUGUAAAAUUGUUUACUGAAUCAGAUGUAGGACAUGUAUACCUGCCUUUCAAGGGUAUGCAUAUACUUACUCCCAACGAGCCUUUCAGACGUGUGAUGAACCAACUUAGAUUCCAGCUGAAGUCUGCCUGUUAACCAAUCUGUGAGCUACUCAUUGGAAGAGCAUUACUUGCAAAUGGUUGCCUAGCUGUUAGUCAUAGUCCAGUGUGUAGUUUUAAUUCUUAUAAGUUCAAAUUAAAGCAUAUUCUGCUUAAUAGUAAGAAAUUUAUCAUUGUGAUAUGACAUUUAAUUGGUAUUUGGAGUUUAGUGAGCUCUGAUGAAUAAAAAAUGAAUUAUAUAUAAAAAAAAUCUUGUACACAAGACUAUUUGUAGGUGUACAGUAUUGAUGAGCAGAACUGAUCAUUAAACAACUAUUUUAAACUGUUGUAAUGGAGUAUACUUUAAAGCAUGGCUUUUUUGUUAUAAAAUAUUUGUUCAUCCUUGUAUUAAUGUUGAAUAGUGGAGUACAGCAAACCCUUUUACCCUGGAAUUUCGGAUGAUUGUUGUACAUGCACACUGUGUUGUUAUUCUGUGCUUCCUGUUUACAACAUUCAGUUAUUCUUGUUGAACUGGGACUGAGUGUAAGGAUGGCACUUACCUGUAUUCCUCCUUCUCCUCCU